AUGACGACGACCGAUUCCUUCGGUACCCAGAGGGUCCGCCGACUCUCCAGUCUCGAGGCCUCUCGGGCCGACCUGUACGGCGGCCCCAGCGUCGUCGUGCCGCCCAGACACCUCAUGGCUUCGACCAACGCUCCUGACAUCGCCAUUGAAAUGGAAAUGGCCAAACAGCAUCUGGAAGAGGAGAUUUCCUCAGAAGACGGUUCGCCUCGCGUUGCGUCGCCCGUAUCCAGACCGGUCGUUUCAACCACAGACGAAUUCGCCCUCGCGUUUGACAUUGACGGUGUGCUGUUGCGCGGAGGCAAUGUGAUUCCCGAAGCAAAGGACGCAUUGAAGUAUAUCAAUGGCGAGAAUCCCUAUGGUAUCAAAAUACCGUACAUCUUCGUGACCAAUGGCGGCGGCAAGACCGAAGAAGAACGUUGUCUGGAUCUCAGUCGCCAGCUCGACUUGGACGUCUCUCCGGGUCAAUUCAUCUGCGGACACACCCCCAUGCGGGAAAUGGCGGAGCGAUACAACACGGUGCUUGUCGUCGGAGGUGUGGGCGAAAAGUGCCGCCAGGUCGCCGAAGGCUACGGUUUCAAGGAUGUAGUGACCCCGGGAGACAUCAUCAAGACCAGACAUGACACGACCCCCUUCCGAAGCUUGACCGAAGAGGAGUACAAGAACUCUCGUGUACGCGACUUUAGCAAGAUCAACAUUGAGGCCAUCUUUGUCUUCGCCGACAGCCGCGACUGGGCCGGCGAUCAACAGAUCAUCCUGGACUUGCUGAUGUCCAAGAAUGGCCGCCUGGACACCCGCUCUGAAACCUUUGACGAGGGCCCUCCGGUCUACUUCUCCCACAACGACGUCGUCUGGUCCACCUCGCACGAACAUGUUCGCAUCGGUAUGGGCGCGCUGCGCGCCUCCCUGGAGGCGCUGUACAAGGCGGUCACUGGAAAGGAACUGUCGACGAUUGCGUUUGGCAAGCCUCAGCUGGGCACGUACGAGUUCGCGACCCGGCUGCUGCAGCAGUGGCGCAAGGACACGCACGGAAUCAACAAGCCGCCGCGCACCGUGUACUUCGUCGGCGAUACGCCCGAGUCGGACAUCCGGGGGACAAACGAGUUCAACGAGAUCAGCGACGCCCACUGGUACUCCAUCCUGGUUAAGACGGGUGUCUACCAGGAGGGCACGAUCCCCCGAUACCCGCCGAAGAAGGUCUGCAGAGAUGUCUUGGACGCGGUCCAGUUUGCGGUGGAGCGCGAGGCGGCCAAGCGAAGCGAGGAGUCUGCCAUCGCCGAUGAUGAUGAUGUUGAUUCAGGGAUUGACUCCGAGUCAGCUAACGUACAUAGCUGA